AUGCCUGCCACUACGGCGGACACGCUAUCCCUCGUCAACCGUUCCGUCACGGUUGCUCCGUUAGUCCUGCUCUCCGUCGCCGAUCACUACGGCCGGACAGCCAAGGGCACCCGGAAACGUGUUGUUGGUGUUCUUCUGGGUGAAAACUCGGGUGGCAAUGUGCGCGUAUCCAACAGCUUCGCAGUUCCGUUUGAGGAGGAUGAGAAGGACCCUUCCGUGUGGUUCCUCGAUCACAACUUCGUUGAGUCGAUGAGGGACAUGUUCAAGAAGAUCAAUGCCCGCGAGAAGCUGGUUGGUUGGUACCACUCGGGCCCCAAGCUGCGCGCUUCGGAUCUGGAGAUCAACGAGCUCUUUAAGAAAUAUACCCCCAACCCUUUGCUUGUCAUCGUUGAUGUCCAGCCGAAGGAAGUUGGCGUUCCGACAGAUGCAUACUUCGCUGUGGAUGAGAUCAAGGAUGACGGCACAACUACUUCGAAGACAUUCGUACACACCCCAUCGAUAAUCGAGGCCGAGGAGGCCGAGGAGAUUGGCGUGGAGCACCUGCUCCGGGAUAUCAGAGACGUCGCAGUUGGCACUCUUUCUACUCGUAUCACUUCACAGCUACAAUCUUUGCAAGGGCUGCACCUUCGGCUACGCGAUAUCGGCCAAUACCUCCAGAAAGUCCUCGACGGCGAGCUCCCCAUCAACCACGCAAUUCUCGGAAACCUCCAAGAUGUCUUCAACCUCCUCCCCAACCUGAGCACCCCGGCCCAGCAACCCAGUAUCAGCGGGCAGCCACAGCAGGAGUCCCAGAGCGAGAACAGCGAGCUGGCUCGUGCUAUGAGCGUCAAGACGAAUGACCAGCUUAUGGCCAUCUAUAUCAGCAGUCUGAUCCGUGCCAUCACAGCGUUCCACGACCUGAUCGAGAACAAGAUCCAAAACCGACAGCAGCAGGAGGAGAAUGACUCAAAGCGGGAGCAGGAAUUGAGCGCGGCCAAGGGUGACAAGGAUGCUAAGAAGACUGGCGAGGCGAAUGGCGAGCAGAAGGAGGAACAAGAUGCGUCCGAGAAGAGCAAGAAGAAGAGCUAA